GAUUAAUUUCGGCUUAAAGAUAAACCAGAGGUCGUGUCACGAUAUCUAUCGAGACGGUUAAUAAUUAUCAAACGAGUGUUACACACGACUGUGAACACAUGUUACGAGAUGUUACGGCUUUAUUUCAUUCUAUUCGUAACGGCAGUGUCGGCAUCAGAGAAGGGUUCGUGCCCUCCGACUCUGUCUGUGGAUAUUUGCGACGCCUCUUGUGGAUUGACACAUCCCUGUAAUACAACACAGAUCUGCUGUCCAACAGCAUGUGGUGGAGCGAUGUGUGUUGACCCCAUGACAACGAGACAUUUUGUAACGUUGGAGAAACCGGGUAAUUGCCCCGAAUAUCCCCGGGGGGUGUGGAUAUGCAGUCAUACGUGUACCGGAGACUCUGAUUGUCCCCGGACACUUAAGUGCUGUCCCAAUCGAUGUGGAGCUCUGACCUGCCAGCGACCAGAAGGCUUACCUUUACCACCUCACGUUUAGGAUUAUUUAUAAGAUUUAAGUUAAAAUAGAAAUAUAUUUUUAAAAUAUUA